ACCGCGCGCGCAGAGUAUCUUAAUAAAAUUCAAAUGGAAAAUUACGCACCAACAGAUUUUUUAUUUAUUUGUACUAUUUAACUGUUAGUAAAAAUCUAUAGGUUAACAUUUACCAAAAUAAAAUAUUCGCCGUUCUAAACAUAAGCGGCGAAAGUAUAAUGCAUUAUAACCUCAAACCUGAUUUUGCUUUCCGUUAUAAAUUUUAAAAUCUGUUAAGUUUAAUAUGCAGAAGUUACAAGAUAGUGUUUUUUCGAUCAUAAAGACUACAAACCUUUCACCUGCCGUGUUCAGUUACUUGCAGCCAUCGGAAAAUGCAGAAAAUGUUCCUCUGGGUGGUAUCCUAAGUGACACCAAGCAUGGCUGGCUGGCCCUGGGCACCAAGUUCUGUGUGGUUGACCUCAGAACCGGGCUGAAGGUUGCCGCUAGGACCUUUGGAGUCCCUUACAGCAACACCAACUGUACAAUCACCAGCGUAAUAGAACUACCCACACCGCUAACCGAAAACUCCAAGCAGCUGAUCAUCUGCCUAGAAUGCGAGGAUCUCACUGGCCUCAUCUGCGUACUCCACAUCAAUGGCUCACAGAUCCUCCGGUGCAUCCAGACGGAUGUGGUGAUUACAGAGAUUGCUGUGUGCGAUGAGGUACCGGAUGGGCCGUUGACAUGCUUUGAUGGAGUUAUUAUGGCUGGCUCGAAGAGAGGAGAGAUAUUUGCUUUUGAUCUGAAUAGAGCCAGUCUUAUUCAAGCAUUAAAAGACAUAUCGCAAGGCUACGAGCAUCUGGUCCGAAUGGAGUCCAACCCAGCCAACCUAGCGUUCCUGUCCCUCAACGCUGUCCCCCAAAUAGACCAACACAGAGACCAGGCCUUAGAUAACGACGACCAUCUCGCCAUAAUCCUCAACGAAAACUCACUAGUCGAUGGCCAGUAUUUAUUUAGAAACCCGGACGGUUCGAUCCGAAUGAAGGCAAAACAGGAUCAUAUAAGAGUAUCGUCUCUUCAGUAUGUUCCGCAGUUGGGCAGUUUGGCGGUGGGGUAUAAUUUUGGGGCGUUCCAGAUUUGGAAUAUGAUGAGUUUGGAGUUGGAGUUUGCGUCGCAGGUUAAUCGGGAAUGCUUGCCGGUCACGCAUUUUGGAUUUCAGGAGCCCUGUGACGACCCCAGAGCCUUCUGCUACCUCUGGGCAAUAUUCUCUGUAAUGGAGAGGUUUGAAGAGGAGGAGUUUCCACUGGCUGUCAUGUAUUCCCUCACCUAUCAGGGGAAGAGAAUGCUUUCAGACACCAAAUGUCUCUAUCAGAACUUCAUGAUGGCGACUAUCAGGUUCCAAUUGGAAUUAAGUGUGAUGGAGAAUGCUGGACAAUUUAUCGGCGGCCGCUGCGUGUCGUGCCACGCAUACUCCGUCAGUUCCACCUUAGGGGAGGAGGGCGAAGAUAGCAUGCUGAACAUUUGUCAACUAGUCUGGGAGUGUUGGGGCGAGAACGUAAAUUCUGCAACGGAAUAUGGGAUGCUGUUGUUCGAUCUAGAUCAGUGGUACAAGGAUCAGAUGCCUUCAACAUACGGCCUACAAAGCAACGCGUUCAUGAGCGCAUCAUGGUGCGGGCAGCUGACCACGGCCGGGACUCGAACCCUGGACGUGCGGCUGCAGCCCGGCUCCGUGACGCCGUACUCACACGCCACACGCCUCGAGGAACACUUCUACCCCAACUCCAUACAUUACAGUAAGUGUUCCAACAAGGUGACAACUGACGUGGCCGGGACUCGAACCCUGGACGUGCGGCUGCAGCCCGGCUCCGUGACGCCGUACUCACACGCCACACGCCUCGAGGAACACUUCUACCCCAACUCCAUACAUUACAGUAAGUGUUCCAACAAGGUGACAACUGACGCGGCCGGGAUUCGAACCCUGGACGUGCGGCUGCAGCCAGGCUCCGUGACGCCGUACUCACACGCCACACGCCUCGAGGAAUACUUCUACCCCAACUCCAUACAUUACAAUUGCAUAUGUCUAAAUACCUCCGACGCCUGCGUACUAAACACAGCCGGUAUACAGCGACAGAUCAUAGCGUCCAUCGACGACACCGGUCCCACCGCUCUCCUGAACCCGCCGCGGCUCUACCACGCGUGUGUGGCGGCGGGUCUAACGCCGUUGUAUAUGGACGGCUUGUUGACCAACCCCAGUGCGGAGGAGCAACGGAGAUUUCUACUAUCGGUGGCACUGGAAGCUCGUCUGGCACGAUUCCUGAAACGUUGCGCCCAUGACUGGGCCACGGGCAGCCAUCACGGGGUCGGCUGUACUCUCACAUUCUUGGUGGACUGGUGCUGGCGCCGUGCCCUACAACUAAAAGAAAACGCUAAGGAGCUGACUGCCCCGCUGUUCUCUUCAUCUUCCUUGCCCGACAGGAAUGUAGUGCGAUGCUUGGAGCACUGCGUACAACAGCUGACGCAGUUGACCGGCUUACUGGACGCCAUCCUUACCAAAUGCUGCAACCUCAUAGUUCCUGAUGCUCUGAGCGAGAUCGAGGAGAAAUACAAAGGAGUUGGCACGGUGUCCCUUUACUUCCAAGUAGUGCAGUGGUUUCUCCGAGUGGGACUGUUGCCCGAGAGACACCAAGACCUUCCGUAUCCAGCGCGGCAGCUCAAUGAAAUAUACACAAAAAGGCGAAUGAAACUGCAACGGUUACAAAGUGGACUACCCGACGGGGACUCGAGCAAAUCGUGCUCGUUACUCUACAUCGACCAGCUGAUUGAGCAUGAGUUCGGUGGCGAGAGGAUACAGCAAAUGUGGCUGAAAGGCGGCAGCGAGACCAACGGCCUGUAUCCACCGCCCUCGCUGUAUUCACUCCUGCGACUAUACCUACUGCCCGACAUCGCAGAGGAACACAAGCACUCACUAGUGCUAUAUCUGCUGGUUGAUUACUCUAUGGUCUAUGAAGUCAGAUACGAGGCGGUAGUGCGAAGGUUGAUGCAGUUCCCGACGAUGUUCGGGUUGAGCAACACCGCCAUUAAAGCCACGCAGGCCUUCUGGCAUCUCGACCACAGGGAUUUCGAUUUCGCCCUCGACCAGCUCCAAUGCCUGACGGGCAACACGCUCUCCCCCUGGCAACACCACGCCGUCCUGUCCGCCCUGCUCGCGCAGAACAUGACGCAGGCCGCCCUGCAGUACCUGCACGUGCGCAAACCCGCGCCCAUACAAAACAACAGGGUCAAUGACCACGACAAACUAGAAGAUUGGCAGAGCUGUUGUAACCUGUACCUAGCUAGAAAGUUGGUGUUUGAGGCGCUCGAUGUGGUCAGAAUGUGUGUGCAAAACGCUGCGAGUUUAGAGGAAAAGCUACAUGUGUUGAACUUCUUCUUCAAAGGGUGCCGCAACACAGGACAGUUGUCAAAGAUCCUCCAGGUGACCCUGCUGCCUUUCGAAGAGGAGGCCUUCGUAAAGUACUUGGAGAGGUGCAACGAACCGCACACCUCGGAUAUACUCAUCAUGUACUACUUGCAGCAGGCCAGGUACUUGGAAGCGCAACAACACAACUGUAAACUCCGGCACACCAAGCGCAGCAACAUCUCAUCAUCAUCAUCGUCCAUCGUGGAGGUGAUGGACCGUCAGCAGGCGCGCGACACUCUGGUCGAAGUGGUGUGCGCGUCGCUGCCGACCAUAGCGACCAAAGUUGCGCAUAUGGCGCUCAGCGACCACUGCGAACCGCACAUUGUAGCAGCAAAGCCGAUGUCCGUGUUUGUUCAAGCGAAAUCUCCCAAAAACACGUUUACAUACAAGUCCUCUUUUAUUCAGGAUACAAUAGAGAACGCCAGUGAGACCUGGGUAAAUAGACCUAAGAUGAGGCGCGGCAUCAAACGAGCGCUCAGUAUUGAGGACACACCCUUCAUCUGCACUCCCAAGUUAUCGAGAACUAAGAGUAUAUUCUCCGAUUUCCACUCCGAGGGGACGCCGCCCAAGCGCGCUAAGUUCGACCUCACCGGCGCCGCCACCCCGCGCACGCCGCGCACACCGAGAGGAGACCUUAACAUCAGUCGACAGAUGGCCACUCUACUAGAUAUGCCCGAGGUGCAGAGUCCGGAUGGCAAGAUAUAUGAUAGAAGCGGCGCUGGGACGCCCCAUAGUAUAUUGAAGAUUCGAAACUCUGCCCUCGGCCGCGACGCGCCCUCGCCGGUGGACUCGCGCUACCUCGGCGACAGCGACGACGAACUGCUAGAGACGGCCAGCAACCACACGCACUACAGCGACUCUACCAACAAACACCUACGGUUCACAAUCCCGACGGCCUCCGAGUCGGGUUCAACGCCCUCGCCGCCACCCGCUCCCUUUACUGCCGAAGUGCGAGACAGAGAACCAGUGCGACAGAAAGAGAUGGACGAGUCUAUGGAGAGUUUCGUUACUUCUACGAGUACCGCGCAUCCUAUGAAAGAUGAAAAUCCUUUCGAGUCUCCUCUAAAGAAAUUAGCUACAGAAGAAAAGGUUUUAUCUAGAAAGUCUUACAAGGAUAAUGUUCGGGCGAGACGUUCCCUCUCGAUCUCGGCCAACAGCAGCCUCUCCGAGGAUCCGAACACCUCCAUCGAGAGCAUCGCCGACAUACCCAUCACCCUCAUCAACCCCCGCUACCGCAGGACAGAGACGCCUGACAAGCGGGAGAGAGACGGCGCGUCACCGAACAAGACAGUCGGGAAAGAAAGCAGCUUGUCGCCGAGUCGCAAGAUAAAUGAGGAGACAGAGAUGGAGAGGGGGGAAAGGGAUAGCGUGCCGCGGACGCCGCGGGGAAGGCGCGGGAUUAGGGGCGGCGGGGAGAGUACGCCGUUGGCUAAUAGAAGUCGAUCUGGCACCCCGGAGCACGUCGACUCUCCCAUAAUAACACCGUUGCGGCCGAACAGAAAUACAAGAAGCCGAUCUCGUACACCGGAAAUAAGUCCGCGUGCGUCCCCUCUGGCUCCUAUCCCGGAACAACCCAGACAGGAAGUGGAAAGCGAACCGCAUCCGGUCAAGACCACUCUUAGUGUGCAAAGCCGAUUACGGAGCCGAUCUCGUACCCCUGAGAGAAUGGAGAAGGUGGCAGAAUCUCCGCGCCUCGAGGCCAUCUCGGAGUCCCCCACCAAGCCAGAGGAGCCGGAAUCGCCGCGAAGAAGACUUCGAAGCCGAUCUCGCUCGCCACAAGUUGAACUCGAAGUGCCUAAAAGCCCGAGGACUCUAAGGAGCCGCUCAAAGACGCCUGAAAAACUCAUGUCUCCCAAAGCCGACCGCACAACUAAGGCCAAAAAAUCUCUCACCAGAAUAGUAUUAGAAGCCAACACGUUCAAAGCCAAAAACACUGAACCCGAACCAGAACAAACUAAAGAAAACGAGGAAUUGAUCGAAUGUACGCCGAUGAAGCCUAAACAAGCCGCUACCAUGGACGUAUCGUUCUCUCCCAUUGUUAACAAAUCUGUACUCACUGAAACUCCAGACAAACUACAGUCAGCAGACAGCAGCAAAAGUAAUGUAGAAAAUUUACCAGCUUUUACUAAAAUUAACGAAACGCAAUUCGGUAAAUCGAUACUACAAAGCUGCGAAAGCAGCGCUGCUGAAACUUCACAAGAAGUCGAAAAGGAUAAGGAUAAUGAAUCGGUUAAUAUUAAAACGCUACCAGCAUUUACUUCAAUGAACGAUAGUAUAUUUGCAAAAUCUGUGCUCCAUAGUUACGAGAGCAGUGUUGCAGAAAGCUCGAGCAUACAUGAAAUAUCUGUUACUAAUGAGAUAUCAGUUACAAAAGUAACUAAAACAGAAGUUUCAAUCGCUUGCAAGUCUGUAUUGAAAGACCAAUCCAGUCUUUUGACCAAUGACAGCGAAUCUGAAAGCGAAGAUAAUAAGUCUAAUUGGAAGGAAUGUACAGAACGCGUAGAAGGUACGGCGCAGGAUAUCCAGAAGGAGAAGGAGAGGAUAGUUGAGAUUGAAAGGGAGAUUAAUGAGAUAGAGGGAGACAUGAGCGAUGAGGAGGGGUCGACUGAUGAGGAGAUUGUCGAGGGGGCUGAUGAUGAUGAUACUGAUGAAGAGAGUUCGGAGGGAGAUGAUUCAAUGUCAGGUUCCGGCGACGACGAGAUAAUAUCAAUCGGGGACUCUUCAGCCGAGUCCAAUGACAUACAACUCGACGAACAGACUUCAUCCGACAGCAACAGACAAAACAGACAGAUCGAAGAACAACUCGACGAACAGACCUCAUCCGACAGCAACAGACAGAUUGAGGAGCUGGAAGUCAAUGUCAGGGAAAGUCCGGACACGACGGAACAGUCGGAUAGAGAUCCGUUGAAUCAGGGGCGGGUUUCGCUGCUUACUGAUGACAAUUCGAUGUCGGAUAAUGAGAUGGAUCUCAAUUAUGAUGAUGAUGAGGAGGAGGAAAGUAAAACAACAGAAACGGGAUCAGCGAAAAUUGAAACCGAAACACCGACAACUGAAACCGAACCAGCAAAAACUAAAACCGUAACAGCAGAAACUGAAAUCGAACCAUCGAAAACAGAAACACACGCAGUUAUAAAGAUAGACGUAGUUGUUGAAGAAGUAAAUCCUAUUGAAGAAAAAGAAACUCGUACUGCCACGGCUGAAGCUAAGAGUACUGAUGUCGUUGACGCCAGUUCAGUUAUAAAUAAACCGGAAGAUAUGGAAGUGGAUCCUAUCAUAUCUAAAACAGUUGAUAUCAUUCCUAAAGAAAAUACUGAAAAAGAUAAGACAGACAAAGAGGCAGCGGCAGAAAAUAAAACUGAAAAUAAACAAGUUGAAAAAGAAACGAAUGAGUUACAAAAAAUUAUGGAAACUACAGAACAGUCUAAGAAAACAGCAGAAAAUACAGAAAAAGAAAAACCAAAAUCUCGUCUACGCAAACGCGCAUCGUCAACAGCAUCUAAUAAAUCUAACAAAAAGGAUGAUAAUAAAAUGGAUGUCGACAAAACAGAAAAUAUCGAAACUAGAAAACCUACGACGAGAAAGCGCGCUAAAUCUACAACCUCCAACCAAUCUGAGGAAGUAGAAGAAACGCCGAGCAAAGUUAGUAAUCCAACUCCGGCUAUGAGACGGCUUAUGGCUAAACGUGAGUCUAAAGAAGGAGAGAAUAAGGUUGAGAGUUCAGUGACUCCGCAGCGGCGGGCGACGCGCAGUCGGAGUAAGAAUGAUGAUAAUGUCAGUGUGACGUCAGAGGAUUCGGUCAGGUCAACGAGGAGUAAGGCGAGUGAGAAGGAGAAGAAGGGAAGGAAGUCGAUAGUGGCCGUCAAACCGGAACUAAGCGCUAUUCCGGAAAUGUCCGUGGACGAGUCUAAGGAUGUCAGCGACUAUUCUAGCUCGAGAAGGCUGACGCGGCACCAGCGCUCGCUGCUGUCCACGCUGGAGCUGCGCCCGCGCCUGGGCCGCGCCACCGCCGCCGCCACCGACCAGGACGAGCGGCCGCCCUUCGACGUGCAGCCCAUCGACAGGAUCAGCUUGCUCAACAAGACCGACUUCGAAGGUUCCCCCGACUCUUCAGAGCCGGCGCGACAGUCGCCCGAAACAGAGUCCACCGUGUCGCACUCCUCUGGUCGUAGAACUCCUCGCAUGGCGAGAGCGGCGUCAGAGUCGAAAACUGCUCCGAAAGCGGCCAAAAUCGGCAGAAGAGUUUCUGUAGAUGUUGUGUCGGAGUCGGGGGUGGGGUCGCCCGGCAGCCCGGCGCGGCCGGGGCGGCGGGCUUCCUUCAAUAGAGCGUGCGAGGCGCUCCACACGCCUAAAGGACGGCGCGUUUCUACGGAUCUCAGGAAGGAAACGGACAGCGGUGCGGGCUCCCCGGCCGGCUCGGAGGCGCCGGGCCCCGCCGCGCCGGCGCGUCGCGGCCGCCGCGCCUCCGGGCACUCCGACACUAGCGUCACUAAAGAUACUGGGAAACGGUCCAAAAAGUUAUCAACCGUAGAAGAAAGUGAUGCCAAGAAAUAGUUAUUAUUUUUAAGUGUAGGUUAUAUUUAUUUCGUUUUGUUUAGUUGCAUUUAUUAUAUAAAUAGUGGAACCAGAAAUACAUUUGUAGUUAUACUGUAAAUUAAGCGUACUUACAUACUAAGGCAUAAUUAAUCGCAAUAAAAUGUUAUUUCUGGUGAGCCUAUUAUUAAGUAACUUUUGUUUUAUUUAUUUACAUUUUCCACUAAGAAAUAAAAGUCGGAUUUACAA